CUGGGAUCAUACAAAGUUGUCUGUAUACUAAAAACUUUGUGUGUGUGAAACAGACAAAUAGACGAAAGAUGUAAGCAAAAAAGUGUGGACCAAACAUUUUUUUUUGAUUAUGUAGCUUUGUUUUAUGUAAUCUACCAGCUAGUCUGCUGCUAAUCCAAUACUUCGUAUUUCAAAACUUUCGAACGUGUCAAAACUCUAGAGACGGGACUUAACAUUUUUAAGCAAACUAUCGAAAUGGCUUGUGUUCGUACGCCAUUUCUGCUCAUCAGAUUUUGAUCUCUCUCCCCUUUAUCAUAAAGCUGCCCACUUUCACCAUCCGUUUCUUGUGAAUCCUCUCUUCUCUCUCUCCCUGCCACUGCUAUAAUAGUUACUGAUGUGAUGAUGCGAAGUGGACACUCAGAGAGUUCUCUUCAUUAUCUACCAGUUUUUCAUUUUGUAUUUCUGUACUACCCGCCGUGCCUCAUACGCUUUGUAUGAGUAACCACUACAACAACAAACCCUGCUCCCUCCGGCUAUGGCGAUUCGCCUGUUUCCGGCCAUCAUUGCCGCCACACUCUGCUUCUUCUUUCACCUCUCUUCUGGAGCUUCCAUUUCUGAGCGAAACCCAGAGAGGGAUUCCCUGCUUUGUUUCAGAAAGUCUCUUCAGAACCAGGAAAUUCUGUCUUCUUGGACGCCUCUAACUCCCCAUUGUCAUUGGGACGGAGUUCUCUGCCGGAACGGAAAAGUGGUCUCGCUUGUUCUCUCGUCCCGCUCUCUACGGGGACCUCUCUCACCGUCUCUCUUCUCUCUUUCGCACCUUGUCGUUCUUGACCUCUCGUCAAAUCUAUUGUAUGGGAGGGUUUCAUCCGAAAUCGCCGGGUUAAGGAGGCUGAAAGUUCUGGAUUUGGGUGAUAACCAGUUUCCCGGCGAGUUUCCACGGCAAAUCGGAGAGUUAAGUCGAUUGGAGACGGUUAAACUAGGGCCGAAUCUUUUCAGCGGGGAAAUUCCACAGGAACUGGGAAACUUAGUUGGACUCCGUUCUUUGGACCUUUCCGGUAAUGGGUUCUCCGGCAACAUUCCCACCCACCUCGGGAACCUAACCAAUCUCCGGCUACUCUCACUGGGCAGCAAUCUUCUCUCAGGUUCUCUCUCUCCAUCCCUAUUAUCAAGGCUUCAAUCUUUAACCACUCUGGACAUCUCCAACAACUCCCUCUCUGGAUCCAUACCGCCGGAGGUCGGGAACUUGACGGCACUAACGGAACUUUACAUUGGAAUAAACCAUUUCUCCGGCCAGUUGCCUGAUGAAAUCGGUUCCCUUUCAAACCUCCAAGAUUUUUAUUCAUCUUCAUGCUCACUUACCGGUCCAUUCCCUGAAUCGUUCUCAAACCUCAAGGCAUUAACCAAACUUGACUUCUCCUACAACCCAUUGAAGUGUUCCAUCCCAGAUUUUAUAGGGAAGCUUCAAAAUUUAACCAUUCUCAACCUGGUGUCCUCCCAGCUAAAGGGUAGCAUCCCUUCAACUCUGGGGAAUUGCAAAAAGAUGAAGACUCUCGUUCUUUCAUUCAAUUCACUCUCCGGCCAACUCCCGGAGGAGCUUUCCGGUUUGACAGAACUGUUAACAUUUUCCGUUGAAGAGAAUCAGCUUUCAGGUCAAUUGCCUUCUUGGCUUGGAAAAUGGACUCAGAUUGACUCACUGUUGCUUUCAGGUAACCGAUUUGCCGGCAGAAUCCCGCCGGAAAUUGGGAAUUGCUCUAUGCUAACCAUGAUUAGUCUCAACAACAACUUACUCAGUGGUCCAAUCCCUAGAGAAAUGUGCAAUGCUGUUGCUCUCUCAGAUGUUGAUCUGGGCGGUAAUUUUCUUUCUGGAACCAUAUCUGACACUUUUAUGAGCUGCGGUAAUUUAACUCAGCUGGCAGUGGUAAAUAAUCAGAUUCACGGGGUAAUUCCUGAUUACCUCUCAGAUCUUCCUCUCAUGGUUCUCGAUCUGGAUUCCAAUAACUUCACCGGUUCUAUUCCGGUAACUUUCUGGAACUCUUCAAACUUGAUGGAGUUUUCCGCCGCGAAUAACCUUCUCGCGGGGACCAUUCCGCGGGAGAUCGGAAAUGCCAAAUCCUUACAGAGGCUCGUUCUGAACAACAACAAAAUUACUGGGACAAUCCCCGGAGAAAUUGGCAGUUUAACGUCUCUUUUGGUGUUGAAUUUGAACUCCAAUCUCCUUGAAGGUUCUAUACCUCCUGAGCUUGGUAACUGCAUUGCGCUUUCUACCCUAAAUCUGGGGAACAAUAAACUGAACAAUUCUAUCCCUGAAGAAAUUCCCGAUUUGCCGCAGCUACAGUGUCUGGUUCUCUCUCACAAUCAACUCACCGGGCCUAUUCCGUCGAAGAGACGGGCCAGGUAUUUCCGGCAAGUUACCAUCUCCGAUUCAACCUACGUUCAACACCGUGGAGUCUAUGAUCUUUCAUUUAAUGACCUUUCUGGGGAAAUUCCAGUAGAGCUGGGGAGCUGUUUGGUGAUAGUGGAUCUUCUGCUUAACAAUAACAAGCUUUCCGGAGAGAUUCCUAGGUCACUUUCUCAGUUACCAAACCUCACCACUCUGGACUUGACUGGAAAUUCGCUUAAAGGUGAGAUUCCAAUUGAGUUUGGUUAUUCAAAACGACUGCAGGGUUUAUAUUUGGGAAACAAUCAUCUCACCGGACCUAUACCGGAAAGCUUAGGUCUCUUGUUUGGUUUGGUUAAACUCAAUUUGACCGGAAAUACCUUAUCCGGUCAAAUCCCUUCCACUUUUGGGAAUCUCCAUUCUCUGACCCACUUGGAUUUGAGUUUAAAUCUCCUGGACAAUUAUCUUCCCAAUUCACUGUCAAAUAUGGUGAACCUUGUGGGCCUCUACGCUCAGCAAAACAGGCUUUCUGGUAAGCUAGACCGACUUUUCACAACUUCAACUUCGUGGAGGAUUGAGAUCCUGAAUUUAAGCUGUAAUGAGUUUUCCGGUGAAUUGCCGCCGUCUUUGGGGAACAUGUCAUACCUUACCUGUUUGGAUCUUCACCAAAACCGUUUGGUGGGAGGGAUUCCUUCUGAGAUUGGGAAUCUAACUCAGCUUGAGUAUUUUGAUGUGUCCAGGAACAGACUGUCGGGUCGGAUCCCUGCCUCAGUAUGUGCUCUCCCCAACUUGAAUUCCUUGAAUUUUGAUCUGGUUGGCCCCUUUCCCGGAAACAGAAACUGUCAGAAUCUCUCCGGUGUCUCUGUUGCGGUUGGGAACCGGAAUCUCUCACGGGCAAUUUUAUUAUCAUCAGUCAUGACAGGAGCUAUAAUCGUCACUCUAUUGGCAGUGUUUCUACAACGGGCAUGGAAGAACAGCAGAGGAAGAUGGUAUGAUAAUCACCGUCCUGAUAAAUCUGGCGGCGGUGAUCAAAUCUCAGCCGCGGUAGAUCCUCACCUCUAUUUCUUAACGAACAGCAAAUCCAAAGAGCCUUUGAGCAUUAACAUCGCCAUGUUCGAGCAAUCUCUUCUCAAAAUCACUUUAGUCGACAUCCUCGAGGCGACCAACAACUUCUGCAGAACAAAUAUCAUCGGGGACGGAGGGUUCGGGACGGUUUAUAAAGCCACAUUGUCCGACGGAAAGACAGUCGCCGUGAAGAAACUAAACCAAGGUAAGAUGCAAGGCAACCGGGAGUUUCUAGCAGAGAUGGAAACCCUAGGAAAGGUCAAACACCCGAACCUAGUUCCAUUGCUAGGGUACUGUUCUUACGGGGACGAGAAGGUUCUGGUCUAUGAGUACAUGGUAAACGGGAGCUUGGACCUUUGGUUGAGGAACCGGUUCGGACCGUUGGGAUUGCUCGGGUGGGGGAAGCGCUUCAAGAUUGCGGUCGGAGCAGCAUGUGGGCUGGCCUUCCUACAUCAUGGAUUCACUCCACAUAUCAUCCAUAGAGAUAUUAAGCCCAGCAACAUUCUUCUGGACCAAGAUUUUGAGCCCAAAGUUGCGGACUUUGGGCUGGCGAGACUGAUCAGCGCUUGCGAGACCCACGUGAGCACGGACAUUGCUGGCACGUUCGGGUACAUCCCACCGGAGUAUGGACAGACGGGGAGGUCGACGACAAGGGGAGAUGUGUAUAGCUUUGGGGUGAUUUUGCUUGAGCUGGUGAGUAGCAAGGAGCCCACUGGGCCCGACUUCAAAGACGUUGAAGGUGGAAAUUUGGUGGGUUGGGCUCGGAAGAAGAUGAGAAAGGGCCAGGCGGUGGAUGUUCUGGACCCGGAAAUACUUGAUGCUGAUUCGAAGCCCAUGAUGCUUCAGACUUUGCAGAUUGCGAGUUUGUGUCUGUCUGAUAACCCGGCUAACCGGCCCACCAUGCUUCAAGUAGUCAAGCUGUUGAAAGGAAUCAGAGAUUGAUUAGUAUUGGUACCUGUUAAUUAGUUAGUUUAUUAAUUUAGCUAAUCUAAUUAGUAUUAUCACGUUGAAAAAUGUUCUGAAUGUAAUUGACUUUGUUCUGGAUAGUUUGUAUCUAGAAAGAGAGAUAGGAGUGGUAACUUUAUUGACAUAAACUGAAAUGUACCUCUGUCAAGAAUCAAAUAUUAUGAUCAGGAGGGGUAAAUUCCCAAUUCCCUCUUCCUUUCCCCUGUUUUUACCUCUGUCAACUGGCAGA